AUGCCGCCUGUCACCGAUGGUCAGUUCUCCUUCAAUAUCGACACAUUCUAUGUCGCCGCGUCGGGAGGACAGCUUCACCGCCGUGCAGCGCCAGCUGAGAUCAAAGCCCUUUACGAUACCGCGACUACCGACAAGAGCACACCAGACCACCCAGGCCAUUGGUAUGAAGCGCAGCUCCUUCACUAUGGCCUGCCACCGUCAAAGGUCAAGGCGACUGCUAAGAUGAGGCUCUUAAAGGCCGUGCAAGACGGCGCCCUGAGUGUUCCCAAGGAAAGCCUCCAAAUCGAAAAGAAUCUGAAGAAGGAAUGGAAGAAGCAGGAUUCGGAGGAACCAGCAAAGACCAAUACGAAGACCACAACGACGAAGACUGUUACCACCAAGACUAUUACGGUUUCUAAGACGGUUGCGUCCAAAACCACCGAGAGCAAGACUACUGCGUCCAAAGCCGCGGCCAAGCCUGCAGCCGUCAAAACUGCGGCUCCCAAGGCUGCUACGUCCAAAGCUGCUACCUCCAAGAAAGAUCCCGCACCCAAGGCCACUGCGGCUAAAACCGCUGCGGCCAAAGCUACCACGACCAAGGCUGCUCCUAAAGCCGCGGCCAAACCUGCUGCUGGCAAAACUGCAACUGCCAACCUAGCUACGCCUAAGGCUGCCCCCAAGAAGGCUACGGCGCCCAGGGCCGCUGCCCCCAAAGCCACGACAGCCAGAAGUGUUACCUCUCAAUCUGCCCCAGCCAAGAGAAAGAGGGCCUCGAAUGGCGAGGAGACAGCCGACAAACCACAGACCGCCAAACGCCGCGUGUAUGGCAAAAAGGCCCAAGACAACACAAAUAUGCCCACAAACAGCUACCCCGAGCCGAGUGGAUGGUCUGAGCAGCCUGAGCAUCAGGAUGCGCCUCCCUCGUAUGAAAUCGCCUGCAGAAUGGUAAAUAUAUUCUCCCUCAUUCACAAACGCAAUGGAUACUUACCUAAUAUGCCUAAUCAGGACGGAGAACAUCCCUAUGAUGCUUUAGAUGACCAGAUGGACAUUGACGGUCCGAACGAGUUUGGUUUUGGCCAUUAUAGCGAGUCUGAAACAUGCUCAGAGCCACCAUCUCCACCUCGAGCCCUGAAAAACACCCUGGGUCUUCUCAAUGGAACGUACGAAGUUCGUUCCCCCCGUAUUGAGUGCGAGUGGCCGGACGCUGUUCGCGGGGGAAUCUUCUUAUCUCUUCGCCUUAAUGGGAAUGAGAUAUGGGGGACAUACGAGCUCGGGGCGUUUAAGGGUGUACUGUGGAUGCCACAACGACCCAUGAGGCCCUCCUUUGACAGAAUUCCGUUUAAGUGGCGUGGGCGGGAGACCGGUGAGGGUGAGAUGAGCUUUGCAGAUGACCAGGAUGGUUGGAUUGAGUUUUUAGGUAAUGGUGAUAUUGUUGGGAUGAUCAACUGCUAUGGUGAUGUCCAUUUCCGAGGGCAGCGGAUUGAUAGUUCUGUCCGGACAGCCAGUGAUCUGCGGAACGAAUGGAAUCGCUACAACGAAGAGGAAUAUGACCGAGAGUGUAGGGGUCGAUGGUGA